UGCUCUCUUAAUUUCUCUCAAUAAAAUAUAUAUGUAUAAAAAAAAAAUGGCUCCCAAUAAGGGUGAUAAUGUUGUUGUUUCUAAUAUGAAGCUUGAGAGAAUGUUAAGCAUGAAAGGUGGCAAAGGAGAAACCAGCUAUGCCAACAAUUCCCAAGCCCAGGCACUGCAUGCUAAAUCGAUGCUCCACCUGCUGGAAGAAACCCUAGAUGGAAUUCAACUAAACUCACCGGAGGUGCCAUUCGUGGUUGCAGACCUGGGAUGCUCGUGUGGGAACAACACCAUCUACAUCGUGGACGUGAUCAUCAAGCACAUGAUCAAGCGUUACGAGGCGCUGGGAUCUGAGCACGAUCCACCAGAGUUUUCGGCUUUCUUCUCUGAUCUUCCGAGCAAUGAUUUCAACACCCUCUUUCAGCUUCUCCCUCCUUUAGCCAACGACGGUGGCAGCAUGGAGGAGUGCCUCGCCGCCGAUAACCACCGCUCCUACUUCGCCGCCGGUGUUCCUGGCUCCUUUUACAAAAGACUCUUUCCAGCCAACUCCAUUGACGUUUUCUACUCGGCCUUUUCCUUGCAUUGGCUCUCACAGGUGCCAGAAUGUGUGUUAGACAAGAGAUCAUCAGCCUAUAACAAAGGAAGAGUGUUCAUCCAUGGAGCUAGUGAGAUCACAGCAAAAGCAUAUAAAAAACAGUUCCAAAUGGACUUGGCAGGGUUCCUCAGAUCAAGAUCAAAGGAGAUGAAGAGAGGUGGGUCCAUGUUCCUUGUCUGCUUAGGGAGGACCUCAGUGGACCCCUCAGACCAAGGUGGGGCUGGCCUACUUUUUGGGACCCACUUUCAGGAUGCUUGGGAUGAUCUUAUCCAAGAGGGCCUAAUUAGCAGUGAAAAAAGGGACAAUUUUAACAUUCCAGUGUAUGCACCAAGUUUACAAGACUUCAAGGAAGUAGUAGAAGCUGUUGGCUCAUUUUCCAUAAACAAGCUAGAGGUUUUCAAAGGAGGAAGCCCACUUGUGGUGAACCAGCCUGAUGAUCAAGCUGAAGUGGGAAGAGCCCUUGCCAAUAGCUGCCGCAGUGUGGCUGGUGUCCUAGUUGACGCCCACCUCGGCGACCAGCUUAGCGAGGAGCUCUUUUCUAGAGUAGAAAGCAGAGCCACAAGCCAAGCCAAAGAACUACUUGAGAAGCUACAAUUCUUUCACAUAGUGGCCUCUCUUUCUUUUGCUUAGAGAAAAAGAAAGAAAGAAAAGGUGUAUUCAGGAAAGAGGGAUAUUUGCUUUUUUUACGGUCUAUUUCUUUUUUUUUUUAGUUAUGGUCACUUUCUCCUGUCUUUAGUUUGUUACUUGAUUGCAUAGAGAAUCAAAAGAGUUCAACACACAAAAAGAGAGGAGAAACUUGUAAGGCUUUUUCGGUCAUAUCUUCUAUUUACUUUUCUUCUACUUUGUGUUCUUGUGGGUGUUAUUACUGACUGUAGUUACCUUUGUUCUUUACAAGCUUUGUGACUUUGUGUUCCCUUGAAAUGUAAACUAGGUAAAUAAAGUUAGCUAUAGUGAACUCUUUUACAUUUUUCUUCCAUUGUAUCCUAUUAUGAUGUUUAUAUGUGAAAUUAAGUUGUAUGAAUGGAGGGUUUGCUUU